AUGCAGAUGGAUGGAUAUCCUCAAGUACUACUAAUAUGUAGUCGGAUGUUCAGACGCUCUGCAUCAGCCAUUUCUUUCCACAAUAAACUGUCUGCAGCUACCAUGCUACAGAGCGCAGCUCUAAGCUUCGUCUCUCGAGGAAACUGCAUAUUACGUCACUCUCGAACGCUUCCCCUCUUCUGGGCUGGUACCCCAUUCUUUCAAGGAUCCCCCCAAAAUAGAAUCAGGCUGGCAGUUUCUCACCACCGACACAUCGCGACAACCUCAGCUAUGGCAGACCGCUAUAAGCUUGUGUACACCGUUCCAGCUUCUCACUUGGUUGCGACCAAGGACGCCGUCUUCCAGUCUGGCGCCGGCAUCUACGAUGAAGGCAAAUAUGUCCAGGUGGCUUUCGAGCUCACCGGCCAGGGCCAAUUCAUGCCCGUCGCAGCCGCAGGAGCCAACCCUCAUACUGGCGCCGCUGAUCAGCUCGAACGGGUUUUGGAGUACAGAGUUGAGAUCCUCUGCGUUGGGCAUGAUGUCACAAAGGCUGCAGUAGCAGCUUUGAAAAGCGCGCACCCGUAUGAAGUUCCAGCGCACGAGGUGUACAAAUUGGAAGAUUUCUAA